CGUUGAAGGAUUCUCAGGUGGUCUAUCUCGAGUGUUUCUUUUUAAACUUGGGAGGUGUCCAAAGUGGUCUGUACGGUUCGUUUGGCAGGGAGGCGUUAGAAAUGCAUCGGAGCUCCAUAUGGAUUUUAGGGCUGAUUUUGACCGUAUUACCCGCCCUUUCCGUUGCUUAUCGGCAGAGUACAGCGCCUGUAGAUAAAUUAGCCUCCAUUCAUAACAAAUACAGACGGGUGAUAGCGUUGAGCAAUGGCGGUGCGUCCAACAUGAAAAAAAUGAUAUGGGACAGAAACUUGGAGGAAGAAGCUACCAAAAAGGCAUCAUGUGAUAAUACAAAAACUCUGCUAAACCCAAGCACAUCAUCUUUCGAAGUCGAUUUCAUGGAAGAGAUGUCCAUGUACAGCACGAAUGCGGACUUAGUGAGUCUAAAAUCCUCGCUCAAUUCGAUAGUACGGAGUUGGUUCAGAGAAAGUUUACAUUACAUACCAUCUUUGAACAUGUGUCAACCCGGGAAGGACUGCUCUCAUUAUACGCAGAUGGCAGCCGCAGAAGCGGAGCGAAUAGGAUGUGCAGUAAACCCGUACUGUGUGAAUGGCCGACAGCCCGCCCUCUUCAUUGUUUGUCUGUAUUCUCCGGGGAUAGAGUCACGACUAGACCCCGGACAACCACUUUACUCCUCUGGAGCGUCUUGUACUAGGUGCCAAAACUCCACACCCUUCUGCGAAGAUGGUCUAUGCGUAAGUUGCCGCGGUCCACACUGUGAUUGCCGGAAAACCUGCGCGAGAAAUGGCCAUGGCGAAGGCAAGCUGAACAAGACAACGUGCACGUGUAAAUGUGAAUAUGGGAACGGACCGAACUGUGAUGAACCCUGCGAACAACCUGAAAUGUACGCCGACUACUAUGACCCUUGCGGGGAAAUCACGAACGAAGAUUGUGACGUCAAGAACCCAGACCGUGCCUUAAUUAUGCAAUUCUGUCCAACAGCAUGCGCGUGCACACCGAUGCCAAAACAAACGCUUCAUCUCUGAUUUCCUCCGUACUGAGGAAUGGAUAAAAUGAAUGAACUUUGAUGCUCCAAAUGAGAAGUGCAGGAAAAAUCAGGAACAUGGCCGUGGCAUUUGAAAACUGAAUGAUAUUUACGGAUGACAUUUGGUGGAGAUCACUUGGCCGAGAACUUUUUGCGAAAGCGUAAUACGACCCCAGGAUUGGAUCGAUCGGGUUGACAUGCCACGGCAUUCAAAUGAUUGUGCAGAGUGUGAUCUAACUGAUAAUCUCGCCGAGAUGAUAAAAGUGGCACUUCUGAUGAAUUGGUAUGACACACGGUGUUGCCAUUAAUCUCAAACUUUGAGAAUGUUAUUCGUGAUGAGUUAUG